UAACUGGCAUUGAGAGUGAGACACGGAGAGAGAAACAGAUCUCUCCCAGUGGAGGUCCAUUCAUUCUUGCGUCUGAGAUUUUAAUCACCAUUUUAGAGAGAGAGAGAGAGAGAGAUAGAGAGAAGUUUAUUCUCGGAGUGAAGGAACAAACUGAUUCCUACACUCCUGGAAGUUUACUCGGAGAGAGAGAGAGAGAGAGAGAGAGAGAGAGAGAGGUGGAAGCGUUGUGGUAGCGGUUAAGAUCAAAGUGAACGCCAUAUUCUUGUAGGACGGGGUAACUAAGUCAAGGGUUUCACAUUGUUGGCGAAAAAGAUGUUUGAGUCAAUAUUGUCGUCAAUGCCGAUUGCAAAUUUUUAAUAGGAAAACUUUCUGGAAAAAUGGCAGAAAAUGCAAAGGAAGCGCGGUCUUUGGCGUUAACACCAACAUGGUCUGUGGCUUCUGUAUUGACUGUUUUUGUUGCUGUUUCCUUGCUUGUGGAGCGAUCGAUCCACCGCAUAAGUACUUGGCUGCGGAAAACCAAUCGGAAGCCUUUGCUUCAAGCUGUAGAGAAAAUGAAAGAAGAACUGAUGCUUCUAGGCUUCAUAUCGCUCCUGUUGACGGCCACCUCAAGCAGUGUAGCAAAUAUAUGCAUCCCAUCAAAAUUCUAUAAUACUGCGUUUGCUCCUUGCACCAAGUCGGAGGUUGAUCAGGAAACUGAAAGUAAUGCAUCGGAGGACCGCAGACUUUUGAUGGCUUUUGCUCGUCCGCACUCAUUUAGGAGAAUGUUGAAUGUGUUUAAUGUGAAUACCUGCAAAGAGGGUAACGAACCAUUUGUUUCUUACCAAGGUCUUGAGCAAUUGCACCGCUUUAUCUUUGUCAUGGCCGUGACACAUGUAUCUUACAGCUGCUUAACAAUGCUGCUGGCAAUCGUGAAGAUUCACGGGUGGAGAGCAUGGGAGGAUGAGGCUCAAAUGGAUCGGCAUGAUUCAUUAAGUGAAAUCACAAGAGAGAUGACAGUGCGAAGGCAAUAUUUCUUCGUCAAAUCUCAUGCAUCAAAUCCGCUGACCAGGAAUAAUUUUUUUAUCUGGGUGACCUGUUUCUUCAGGCAAUUUGGGAAUUCAGUGGUUCGCGCUGACUAUCUUACGCUUCGCAAGGCUUUCAUCUUGAACCACAACCUUACAUCAAAAUAUGAUUUUCACAGUUACAUGAUCCGCUCUAUGGAAGAAGAAUUUCAAAAGAUAGUUGGCGUAAGUGGCCCACUAUGGGGAUUUGUCGUGGCUUUCAUGCUCUUUAAUGUCAAAGGGUCUAAUCUCUAUUUCUGGAUAGCUAUCAUUCCUGUCACACUUGUUCUUCUGGUGGGUGCAAAGUUGCAACACGUAAUUGCAACCUUAGCAUUGGAGAGUGCUGCAAUAAUUGGUUACUGCAACGAAGCAAAACUUACGCCUCGGGAUGAUCUUUUCUGGUUUAAAAAGCCUGUACUAUUGUUGUCCUUGAUCCAUUUUGUUCUUUUUCAGAAUGCAUUUGAGCUCGCUUCAUUUUUUUGGUUCUGGUGGCAGUUUGGCUAUGAUUCAUGCUUCAUCAGGAACCAUUUGCUUGUGUAUAUGCGGUUGAUAUUGGGAUUUGCUGGACAAUUUCUAUGUAGCUACAGCACCUUGCCACUAUAUGCUCUCGUCACUCAGAUGGGAACAAACUACAAGGCAGCCCUAAUUCCACAGAGAAUAAGAGAGACAAUCCAUGGAUGGGGGAAGGAUGUUAGGAGAAGGAAAAGAAGGCUUGGUAUUUACACCGAUGAUUCAACUAUACACACGGACACAAGCACAGUGAUGUCGGUGGAGGAAUAUGACGAUCAAGAAUUGACCGAUAGCCCUAAAGCCGAGGCUGCCACGGACCUGGAAAUAGAAUUACAACCCCAUACUAUUAUUAUCUCAAGUAGUCCUUCUCCAGUUGGUAAUCAAACUUCGAGCCGAGUUGGUACACCUCUCCUUCGACCAUCUGCCUCCGUUUCGUCCACAGUUUCACCACAAGUUUUCCAGCAGGAAGCGUUCACAAGAUCAUUUUCAGUUCCUGCAAGAAAAGAAUGAAGGAAAGGCAUAGUUACGACUUACGACAAAUGAGACAGAAGACGAGGAUGAAAUCAGAGUUCGUGUACAGGUUGUAGUUGUAACAUAGAGCACAAAAACGAAUACAUGAGUUUUUGAUGUAAAAGUGAAUCUUGCAUUUGUCGCACUUGUAGGUAAUGAUAGUGAUAGUGAUGAUGCCUUUGACAUCAA